UGCCGCGUGGUGAGCAGCUCUCCCCACGUCCUGCGAGCGGGGACAGAGCCAGCACCGCCGGGCCAUGACGAGGGGAAAGGUCCUGAGUGCCUGGGCACUGCUGGCCGGGCUGGCCCUGGCCAGCUGGGGGGUCCGAGGGCAGAUAUACGUGAAGGAAUUCAGCGGGAAGGUGUUCCUGGAAUGUGUGCGAGGCCAAGGCAACAAAAACAUCACCUGGUGGAAAGAUGGGAGCACUGUUGGGCACGAAGCACAGCUGGACCUGAGCGCGGUUUAUGAUGACCCCAGAGGCCUCUACGUGUGUGAAACAGGGGGCCAAAGGAAAAGCCUCCAGGUGCACUAUCGCAUGUGCCAGAACUGCAUCGAGGUGGACGCUCCCACCAUCUCAGGCAUCGUCAUCGCGGACGUCGUGGCCACGUUGUUCCUGGCAGUGGCCGUGUACUGCAUCACUGGCCACGACAGGGGACACACGUCACGAGCUUCUGAUAGGCAGAACCUGAUCGCCAACGAGCUCUACCAGCCCCUCAGAGAAAGGGAGGAUGAGCAGUACAGCCGGCUGGCUCCCACCCGUGCCCGCAAGUGAAGUGGGAAAACUCUGAGCCUCUGAGACUGCCUUCAUCAACGAGCUGGUUUUGCUUGGAGGUCCCUCCAGGGUGGGCUGCUUGCAGCCCUGUGCUCAUUCCUUGCACUUCUACAUUCCUGCCAUUAAAGAUGAG